AAAGAAAGGAAACAGCCACUUUAAACAUACAAAAUACAGAGUCUAUUGAUAUGUUUAAGUAUUUACUGGCAGUCAUUUGGAAUAGAUUCCUGAUUUUCAAAACAGACUUAUCGUCAAAGGCUCUAGAAAAUGUCGACCACUGUUGUAGUCCAGCAGCCGACAGCCGGUUCUGGUUAUCCUCUGAUGGUUACAGGGAUCGAGGGCCACAGAGACUGGAGCACAGGGUUGUUUGACUGCUUUGACGAUCUCAAGUCAUGUCUCCUCGGUUUCUUCUGCCUCCCUUGUACAGUAUGUUCAGUUGCCUCAAGGACUGGGGAGUGCUGCUGUAUGCCUUACUGUGUUCAGGGAGGAACGGUUGUUUUAAGGAGCAGGACCAGAACCAUAGGAGGCAUCCAGGGUACAGCCUGUAUGGAUUGUGUGAUUUUGUCGUUGUUAGGACCGUGCGCCGUGUGUCAGAUGCAGCGGGAACUUGAUAACAUGGGAGUUCCAAAAUGAAGAACAAUUGAUUUGGAUCACAAUUUAGUGACCAUUUUCUGUAA